AUGGCUAAGAGAGGAGAUCAGCUGGACCGAGAGGAAUUCUCCUGUUCCAUCUGUUUGGAUCUACUGAAGGAUCCAGUGACUAUUCCCUGUGGACACAGCUACUGUAUGAACUGUAUUAAAGUUCAUUGGGACAGAGAAACUCAAAGAAGAAUCUACAGCUGCCCUCAAUGCAGAGCAACUUUCAGGCAAAGGCCUGCACUAUCAAAAAACAUCUUGCUGUCAGAGUUGGUGAUGGAUCUAAAGAAGACAUCAAGACACCAAGCUUCUCCAGUUAAUCACUGCUAUGCUGGAGCUGAAGAUGUGGCCUGUGAUGUCUGCACUGGGAGGAAAAGGAAAGCUGUCAAGUCCUGUUUGUCCUGCCCUGCUUCCUACUGUGAGAAUCACCUGCAACCUCAUUAUGAUGCUCCGCCAUUAAAGAAGCACAAGCUGAGGAACCCCUCGAAGAAUCUCCAGGAGAACAUCUGCUCUCGUCAUGAUGAGGUGAUGAAGAUCUUCUGUCGUACUGAUCAGCAGUGUAUCUGUUAUCUCUGCACCAUGGAUGAACAUAAAGGCCAUGAAACAGUCCCAGCUGCAGCAGAAAGGACUGAGAAGCAAAAGGAGCUUCAGGAGAGACGACAACAAAUCCAGCAGAGAAUCCAGGACCAGGAGAAAGAUGUGAAGCUGCUUCAACAGGAGGUGGAGGCCAUCAAUGGCUCUGCUGAUAAAGCAGUGGAGGACAAUGAGAAGAUCUUCACUGAUCUGAUCCGUCUCCUCCAGAAAAGAAGCUCUGAUGUGAAGCAGCAGAUCAGAUCCCAGCAGGAAACUGAAGUGAGUCGAGUCAAAGAGCUUCAGAAGAAGCUGGAGCAGGAGAUCACUGAGCUGAAGAGGAAAGAUGCUGAGCUGGAGAAGCUCUCAAUCACAGAGGAUCACACCCAGUUUCUCCAGAACUACCCCUCACUGUCAGCACUCAGUGAGUCUACACACUCAUCCAGCAUCAAUAUUCGUCCUCUGAGAUACUUUGAGGAUGUGACAGCAGCUGUGUCAGAACUCUGGGAUAUACUACAGGACAUUUUGAGAGAAACACAGAGAAACUUCUCACUGAAAGUCACUGUAAGGUCAGAAACAGCUCCCAAGGUCAGAGCCAGAUUCCUGAAAUACUCGAGGGAGAUUAUUCUAGAUCCAAACACAGCAAACAGAUUACUUUCAUUGUCUGAGGGGAACAGAAAGGUAAUACUAACAGACCACCAACAGUCUUAUCCUGAUCACAAAGACAGGUUUACUACUUGGCCUCAGGUCCUGAGCAGAGACAGUCUUACCGGACGCUGUUACUGGGAGGUAGAGUGGAAAGGAGUAGCUAUUGCAGCAGUUUCAUAUGAUAAUAUCAACAGAGCAGAUACAUCAGCUGAAGGCUUAUUUGGAUGGAAUAAGAAAUCUUGGUCUUUACGUUGUGAGAAAAAUAGCUACAUAUUUCAACACAACAGCAUUCAAACUCCAGUACCAGGUCCAGUUUCCUCCAGAAUAGGAGUGUAUCUGGAUCACAGAGCAGGUAUUCUGUGUUUCUACAGCGUCUCUGAAACCAUGACUCUCCUCCAUAGAGUCCAGACCACAUUCACUAAACCUCUAUAUGCUGGGAUAAGGCUUAGGAGUUGCAUUAAUGGAUCCACUGCUGAUUUUGUUAAACUAAAAUAGUCAGAGCUGAUUUCAGCACCAAUUAAAAUGUGUAUCUAACUUCCGGUUUCUUCAGUCUCUCUCAUUGUUGCUGAGAGCUCAUUGUUCUGUCAUUUCUUUGAUGCUGAGGGACCAGUUGUCUUCAGAAGCUAUUUUUUCAUCUCUUUUUGAUGUUUUGCUGAU